CGCCAAUCCCGCGUGGAGCAAAAUGGCGCGGGAGAAUGAGAUGCGGGAGUUCACGCACAGCUUCUUCCGAGGCCGCCCUGACCUCAGCACGCUCACGCACUCCAUCGUGCGGCGGAAGUUCUUGGCUCACGCGGGUCGUAACCAUCUGGAACCCGAGGAGAAGCAGGCGCUGAAGCGGCUGGUGGAGGAGGAGCUGCUGAAGAUGCAGGUGGAUGAAGCUGGUGCCAGGCAAGAGAAGCUGGACCUCACCAAGCAGGUGAAGAGGCCUCCCACCCCCUGCAGUGACCAAGAAAGAAAAAGGUUCCGCCUCACUUCAGAAUCAGGGUCCAGGUCUGCAGUCUCCAGUCCGGACAGCUUUGGAUGCUCAGCAAAUAACGGGAUGGCAGAAGCAGAAAUCAGCCCAGCCAAGGAGCCGCGUCCAAGGCAGGCUUCAAAAAAAGCAGUUGAGAGCAGUGACGAACAGCAAGGGGACCAGCCUGCAAAGCAGCCUGCGAAAAUGGGAUUGGGGGAGAGCAGUGAGGAGGAGGAGGAGGAGGAACAACAACAGGAAGGACUGGGGGCGGGGGAGGGCCCUGUCAGAAUAAGUGAGCUCUUAGAGGAAAAGGACAGUGAAGAAGAUGAGGAGGAAAAAGAAUACAAGGGCAGGACCUUGAAGAAACCUAGGACCAAGGCGGAGCAGGCACCAGGCAAGGCCUCGGCCACAAAGCAGCAGGCCUGGGAAGAAAGUGAGGACAGCGGGGAAGAACCUGUCCAGAGGCGAGCAAAGAAGGCUGGGGGAAGGAGAGAUGCUAAAAGCCAUGAGGAGAACCAGGAGGAGGAGGAGGAGGAGGAGGAGUGCCUAUUCCAGAAGAAAGAGAACAAGGAGGGGGACAAAGAUGAGGAAGAGGAGGAGGAUCAGAAACCCAGAGCUAGAAGCAAGGGAGGGGCAAAGUCAGCUUUGCAGGGGAAGAGCUGUAAGCAAGAAAGCAGGGCAGGGCGGCUGAGAGAUGUGAGGGACAGUGGGGAAGAAAAAGAGAAAGAGGCCACAGGCAGUGGCGCUAACAGUGGGGGAGGUGAAGAGUCCCCCGUGCACAGCAAGAGCAAGGGCGGGACCCAGUGUAAACGCAGGAAAAGGCAGAGCAGAAGCAGCGAGGAUGAGGACAGCGGCAUGGUGCGCGCACCUGCUCAAGGCACUGCGAGGUCGGCCGCAGCCGGCAGUGUCAGUGGUGAAGAGAGUGAUACAGAAAGGGAGGUAAGCGACAGCGAGGCAGCGGGGAGCCCUAAGGGAGAGCGGAAGAACCGCUCCUCCAAGAAGAGCUCCAAAAAGAGCAGAACACGAAGCUCCUCUUCCUCCUCGGAUGGAAGUCCAGAGCCCAAAGACAGGAAGGUUAGUUCCGGUCGCCAUGGAGAGGACCACCCAGCUGUGACCAGGCUGAAGCGCUACAUUCGCGCCUGUGGUGCCCAUCGGAACUACAAAAAGCUGCUGGGAUCCUGUCGCUCACACAAGGAGCGCCUGAGUGUACUCCGGGCUGAGCUGGAAGCCCUGGGCAUGAAGGGUAACCCUUCUUUGGAGAAAUGUCGUGCCCUGAAGGAGCAGCGGGAGGAGGCAGCAGAGGUGGCCUCUUUGGAUGUUGCCAACAUCAUCAGCAGUUCAGGCCGGCCACGUAGACGGACUGCCUGGAACCCCUCAGGAGAAGCAGCCCCCUUUGGGGAGCUGUACCGCCGGACCCUGGACUCCGAGGAGGAACAGCCUCGUCAGGCUCCCCCAGACUGGUCCCACAUGCGAGGCAUCAUCAGCAGUGAUGGCGAGAGUAACUGAGUGCCCCCGUCUCACAGGAGGGACCCUUUCCCUGUGUACCAGGUGCACCUGGCAGCCUGUGCUCUGACGCUCAAAGCAAAAAGCUUUCUUCAAGAAGACGGCAGCCCCCAGGGACAUAAGCUGCACUGACACUACUUCUCAGCUUCUCGUUCUCCAUUUUGGUGUUCAUAAGGAUUUAUUUUUUGAGACUCAAUAAAGGAAUGUUUGUAAUCACUUCA